CUCGUACUCGAACUCGUAUGUAGCUCCUGACCUCGCCAGCAUCCGCCCCGUUGCGUUUUUGGCCAUGUUUUCGUUUUGUGGCUCAACAAAGGAAACUGAAAGGAGAGACAGAGAGAGCGACAGAGACAGAGACAGAGAGAGAGAGUGUGAGAGCGAGUGGGAGAGUCAAUGGCGUCUGCUCCAUUUCCGAGCGAUUCGCGUUGAAAUAUUAGACCAGAAGCAGACUGUAGACAGUAGGCAGUAGACACAGGCUGCACAGACGCAAGGCGCCAACUUAUUGAUUCGUUUCGCUGUGUCCCCGCCGCCAGUACGCCAAUACUGUCCCCAAACCCCCGAAAAAUAAAAGAGAAAGCCUGAAAGACGAUGGCGGCGGCAGUGGCGGCAGUGGCGGAUGCUGUACGCCAACACAAAGAGGUCCGUGCCGUGCCGUAGUGAGAGCGAGAGCUCAGUGCGCGUCUGGCUGUGUGGAAGUUGGGUUCGAGCUGCUGUGCGGUUUUCUCUUUUGUUGAUUUCCUUUCGAAUGCAGUGGAAGUGAAAAGAAUUCGGAAGCUGCAGCACCAUGCCCACCACCUGUGUUUUUCAGCUGGAUCGCCUGAAUCCCAUCUACAACAGCGGCGAGUACAUAAGCGGACGCAUUCUGCUACGCACGGAUAAGGUGAAGCGCGUCAAUGCGGUCUAUGUGACACUGGAGGGCGAGGCCAAGGUUCAGUGGACAAUGAGCGGGAAGAGUGAGACGGCCAACUAUUCGGGCCAUCAGCAGUACCUGCACUCCCGCACCAAUGUCUUCGACAAUACACUGUUCCGUGCUGGCGUCCAUGUCUAUGUCCUGACACUGCGCAUCCCACCCGAUUGUCCGAGCACCUGCAAGGGUCCCUACGGCUACAUUGCCUACACCAUCUCCCUGACCAUCGACAAGCCCUGGGGAUUCGAUGAGAUCUUUCGCAAGCCCAUCACAGUGGUGCAGACAUUGGAUCUUAACUUCAAUUCCGAGUUUGCGCUGCCCGUCAAGGAUGAGAACAUUAAAUAUCUGUGCCAUUGGCCGUGCGUUUCGGGUCCGAUUUGCUCCUCUCUGGCAUUGCCUGCCUCUGGGUUUACGCCGCUGCAGGAAGUGCCCUUCCGCCUGGAGGUGGACAAUCAAUCGCCGCACUACGACAUCAUUGGCGUGGAGGUAUCCAUCAGGCAGCAUUUUGUCUUCCUCUCACGCAAACCCGUGAAGCGAAAUUUCUAUACCAAAACGCUGACCAAGGAACUGAUCACGGAUCGCACGCUGCGGCUGUCCAAGCGGCAGUAUGAGUCCAGCAUCUGUGUGCCCAUGGACACGCCCCGUUCCACGCUGAAUACCAAUUACAUUGUCUUUAUCCACUACACGCUGCAGGUGAAGCUAAAGACGGGCUGCUUCCAUUACGACACAGAUCUGUCGGUGCCCAUUGUUGUGGGCACCACACCGCUGCAUCAUUUCCGGAACACUGUCCACACCACACAGCCGACGGCGAGGACAACGACCCCAGAGCGGCAGCGACUGAUAGAGCGAGUGUCACCCCGUCCGCCAGUGGUGGCCGAGCAGGAGGAGGAGGAGGAGACCAGCCUGGAGGCGGCCACGGAUGAUCCGCAUCAGAGCAUAGACGAUGAUGAGCCGCCCUCGUACGACAGUUGCCUUCCACCUUCCUUCAGCUUUGCUACUCUGGCAGGCAGUCAACAGACCUUGGAGAGCCACGGCGGUCAGCAUGUGAUCCUCCAUAAAAUUCAUAUGCCCAAAUUUCCAGGCUUCAGCACCUUCAUUGGCAGGGCCCCGACCCAGGGCAUGGAGGAUUCCGGUCUGGAUAUGCAGCUGUAUCGUUCGUACGGCUCAUUGAACACCGAUCAAACGGGUCGCAGUCUGGACACCUUUGGCUCACUGUGUGGUCCGCUGUCCGAGCAAGUAGAGCUAGAGGCUGAGCAUGAGCAGGCGAAUGAAGUGCAGCUGGCGGUGCAGGUGCAGGUGGAGCCAGCACAAGUGCAUCAUCCACGUGCACGCGUGCGCCAGAGUACAGAGGACAUACAGGAUGAGCAUCUAUUUUAGGAAUAAAUCAAAGUGUCUUCAAUCGAUAGCGAUAUACGUAUUAACAUCCUAAGUAACAGUAACAUAAGUGUUCAGACCAAAAGGCUUAAACCAUACUAUAUAUAUAUA